AUGAACCAGAUGAACAUGCAAGGCAUGAACCCCGGUGUCGCUAUGCCUGGUAACGUCGUUCCCGUCGGCGUUCCGGGCGUUGGCGUUCCUGGCGGCGGCAUGCCCAUAGGUGGAAUUCCCAUGAUGAACAGCGCAUCGGGUUCCGCCCCGCGAAGUGAACCAAACCAGAACCUACAAGAUACUAUGGCCACCCAACUCAACACCUACAUUUACGAUUACUUCCUCAAACGCGGGUAUCAUGAGUGUGCGCGUGCGCUCGUGCACGACGAGAGCGUCACCCUAAACACUACUACUGCGCCUCACAAGGGUACACCACAUCGCAGAGACGGGGAAGUCAACGGAGUCGACUCUGAAGAAGGUAAAGAGGACAUCAAGUCGCGCAUUCCUGAAGAUUUGCCAAGACCCAACUUGGGCGAUUCGCAACAGACUAGUUUCUUAUUCGAUUGGUUCAAUAUCUUCUGGGACGUCUUCUCCGCUCAGAGGAAAAAACCAAGGAGUAAUGAUGCCAUGCAGUAUUUGCAACAUACCCAAGGCCAGCUCCUCCCUAACCAGUUCGCUCCCAUGCGCGGAGUACGUGGUAAUAUGGUGCCAGCAAACCUCCAGAAAUCUGUUCUCCAGAAUCCGCAGAAUAUGACUCCACAACAAAUCGCCCAACUACGUAACCAACAGGCUCAAAUGAUGCACCACCAAAUGCAACGCGAACAUUCUGACAUGGAAAUGAAUGGUCAUCGCCCCCAGUCCCCCUCUUCCGUAGAAAAUGCCCCAUCUCCGUCUAAGCGCCAGCGCAUCGACGGCCCCCAAGUUAAUGGCGCGCAAAUGACCCCCAACGGCCGCACCCAACCACAAGGUAUGCCCGGCCAGCAGAACCAACAACAGGCCAACUCCCUUCUCAUGCAACAUGGCAUCAACCCACGAAACCUCACUGCUGCGCAGCUCCAGUCCUUCCAGGCCCAGAACCCAGCUGUCCAGGCAAAAUCUAUCCAGGUUUAUAAUCAAAAUCUGAUCCACCACACCCGCUCUGCCAUGAAUAACCAGGGCAUUCCUAAUGGGCUAAUCAACCCUGGUGUCAUGCCCAACCAGCCAGACAUGAUGCAGCCCAUGCACGACAGCCAAGGAAUGAUACCACAAGAAUACUACGGCAAUGGCCAGAUGGCCGCCCAGAUGCGUCAAGGAGGAAUGCCCACCCCUGGAGCGCAGAACGGGAACCAUGCUCUACAAGACUACCAGAUGCAGCUCAUGCUGCUUGAACAGCAGAAUAAGAAACGCCUCUUAAUCGCCCGCCAGGAGCAGGACAGCAUGGCUCGUGACGGCCAACCGCCACAACCAGGUGCUGGGCAACAACAACAACAACCAACCCAGGGAAUGCACGGUAGCCUCCCACCUGGCACAUCUCCACAGGGCAGCCGUGCCGGCGCUUCGCCUAACCCCAGCGAGCAGAUGAAGCGCGGCACCCCUAAGAUGCCCCAGACCGGUCUUCCUGGCUCUCCUAACGUAGGUGAUGCUAUGCAGCAAGGCCGUGGGUCACCGGCCUCUAUGAACUUCGGCAAUCAAAUACCUCAGGACAUGGGCGGCGCCGCGUUCUUCAGUACCAUGAAGAACAUGCAGGAAGCUGGUGGUGUCGUCGGACCUAACGGCAUGCGCCCACCUAGUUCUAAUCCUGCCUACUCCGGAGCACAAAUGACGCAGCCCAUGGAUGCUAUGGCACGCCAGCACAGGCCCAGGCUCAGGCUCAAGCCCAAGCUCAGGCUCAAGCUCAAGCCCAGGCUCAAGCUGGCGCUCCAGCAGCAACAACAGCAACAACAACAGCCGCAGCCGCAACAACAGCAGCCUCAGCAUCAGCAGCAAGGACAGCCCGUUGGGACUCCUCAAGAACGCAACGCAAUGCCUCCACCACAAGCUCCUCCUGUGGCUACAGCUCCAAAUAAUGGACGACAGUCACCCCAGCCUGGUAGCGCGGCCCCUCCAACACCCCAACAGAGUGCAAAGCCUGCACCAAAGAAAAAGGAUACAAAAGAUAAUAAUCGAAAGCGCCCUCCUAAGCGUGUUCCAACCACCAACGCGCCAACAACGGCUGCGGCGGCCUCGGAGUCUGAACCUCCGCCAACUCCAACUCCUUCUACUCCUAUCACCCCGGUCCAUCCGAAUUCGUUCAACAAGACUGCUCCUACAAACAAUGCUCAGCCAACAUCUGCACCAGCCACACAGGCACAAGCUGUCGGUCAGCCGCCGCCGCCGCCACAGGCACCACAGCAGCAACAACAGCAGCAGCAAAUGCUGUCCAUGCAGCCAACCCAGGGCCAGCCACCUGCCCCCACACAGCCAGGUCAAGCACAGGGACAAGUAGAUCCUUCGCAGCCAUUCGGGGAUAUGAGUUUAACAGACAGCCAAAGCUUUAACCUAGAUUUCAGCUCACUCGACAACCCAGACAUUCUCGAGAAUUUCGACUUCGACACUUUCCUCAACACAGACGACCAGUCUGCAUUUAACUUUGAUCCUAACACACCAUACCUUGAUGGUGUUGAGGCAGGUACAGGAGAGAGAAUGUAA